AUGAUCGACCUCUUUGAAUCCACGCGAUAUUCUACGGAAUCGGAAGGUAUAAAUCAAACUAUUUUCUAGUGUUUCUGAAGACCUAGAUCCUGAAUGAAAUUUAUCUGUCGAUUUUUGUCUAUAAAAGUAGUAGUAUGCUAGAAAAUUUAUAAGUUUAUGAAAUAUGCGAAUUCGUGAAACUUGAUUAGAGGUGAGCCGUUUUCCUUUCUUUCUCAAGUGACCACUUGGAACAUUUUUGUGGCUAUAGUUAGAGACCGCAAAGCCACGCCCCUUUUUGCGAUGGUGAAAUGCACUGGUUUUUUCGACUUUGUGUUCGUUGCUUUCGUACAAACGCAGUACUGAACCGAAAACGGAGAAAGUUGGGAGAAAAAUAGAGAAAACCUUCCUCUUUAAUCUCAUAUACUUUUCACCCGAUUUUCGAAGCGUUUUAGCGGAGUGUCGUACAAAAAACCAAAUGCCGUGUUCAAAGUGAUUCCGCGAAAUACAAAAUAGCCGUCAGAGAAAGAGAAAGAUAACUAACAUUUGGAGGGUCAGAGACAAUUUCGCAUUUCGCGGAAAUUACUUUGAACACGGCAAAAACUAUUUUUUUUUCUUCGGGUUUUUAACUUAGUUCCCUGUCGUUGGCGCCUUUUUUUAUUUUCGAAUUUGAUUUUUAAGUGAAAAACAAAUCUUUUAAGACAAAAAAAUUAAAAUUUCUACGAUGCCUAAUCUUCGUGAGGCCGCGCGAAGUUGAAAAUUUUGUACUCAGUUUCGAGAGCGUGUAAGUAAACAAAUUUUAUUUUAACUUGUGGAUUAAAUUUUAACUAAAAACUUUAUUAGUAUAAAACUCAUUUCGAAAAACUUUGUUUUCUGAGAAAAAAAUAGACAGUGAAAAAUUUCGAAAUUCAUUUUAACAUGGUCAGAUGUCGUUGGCGCCUUUUUUUAUUUUCUAAAUAAUAGCGUAUCUCAAUUUUCAAUCAAUUAAAAAAAUAAAAAUAAAAAAAUUUCCACGGUGCCUAAAAAGUUUAAUUAUUGUUAAUUUGAAGCCAACGUUAAAAAAAUAACAAAAAAACACCGAAAAACGGAAGCAUUUUUGAACUGAAUCUUUAUAAAUAAAUUAUUUUUAGGUGGUCCGAACACACGUGACUAAUAGUUGUUCAACUAUCCUAACUUUUUUUUUAACAAGAUAGUCGGUAAAUGCUGUACUUUGAGGUGAAGUGGUGUAUAGCACGAACGCUAUUGAGUGUUUUUGAAUAAAAAGUGAAAGAGUUUUUGUUUAACUCUGUUUUUCGAAGUUUACUUCUAAAGUUCUUAAUUCACUAGUUGCACAACCCUGUAAGAAUCAGAAAUGAGGUUCAACUCAAGUUAAACUUGUGGUCACUUUUCUCAUAUCUUCCUACGAGCUUGUAGCGAAGUCGAGCAGCAAUUAACGUGUUUGGACUUUAAAAAAAAUUAAGAGGUGACUUAAAAGGCUGGAAUAUGGUGACCUUUUUUUCAAUUCAGCCUAACUGUCGAAAGUUUUUUUUUCAUUUAAUCGAAUUACAGGACGUCCGGAGGAGGCCACCGUAGUUCCGGCUGCCACGAAAGCCACUGGAUUUGGAUUGGAGACCAUAAGUAAGCUUCAAACUUCUCUCUUCACAUUAUAUGUAAUGGUUUCAAGAUGAGUCCAAAAAUGACUACAUUCUUUUCCUCCCCUUUCCAAUUUUGAGUAACUGCUAUUUCCUUUAUUGUAGUUGCUGACUGGGUAAAAAGUCGUUCGGAUCAUGCUAGACUAGAAUUUUCUGGUCAGGAUUUUUCACAGCUUGAAGAGCUGAAAUAGAGUAAGAGACUCGCGGAAAAAGACUGAGAAAAAAAAAAACGAAAAUUCUCUUUCAAGAUGAGAAAACCUUUCCCUUCAUUUUAUAUUUUUUAAAUAUGGCUAUAUCUUAAGAAGGCGCUCUCUCGGAGAUUUUCGGGAGAAAAACCCCGACCGAUUCUGAGACACUGAAAGAGGAAAGAGAUGAAGGUAAGUAAUUUGAAUAGAUUCUCAAUCAGAAACCUCAACAGGAAAGUGGAUAAUAAAUCAAAAAAUGAGGAGAUUUUUUGUAUAAUACUCAAAAUGCGCUAAGUACAGUAUGUAGUCUGAUUAGGUUUUGAAUUUAUAGCAGAAAACUCCGCCCCAACAACAUGAAUAGGCUACGCAUAAGGGGCUGAGUUUGGGCGAUGGCUUGACAUUCAAAAAGCAUACUAUAGUCGUUUUCCGUGACAUGAAAGGAGAGAGGGGAUGAUUUCUCUUCGCCCUCCUUGUCUCUCGGCGACCCUCUCAAGUUGAGUUGCUAUUUUUUCGUUUCUCUGGUCUCGCCGGUGAGAGAACAGACAGACGCAGAUACUCUAAACAUGUCAAGUCGCAUCAAACGGACUAUCUCUUUCAAAUAACUUCAAAAAUAUAUUUUUUAUCGGUAUCUCUUACAAUCAAACUCUACAUGAAAAAAGAAGGAGAUAAAAACUACCGAAAAAAAACGCGAAAAAAGAGCCGGAUUUAUUAAGUAGAGAACUAAAAAGACUUUCUUGAGAAAGUGCGAACUUUGUUCUUCUUUGAUAUAAUAUGUUCUCACAGAUCAAACCCAAGAGUCGGCUGAUUCCGAAAGUUCUGACGAAACCGAGAUUGACGACGAUGAGUUCCUCAACUAUUUCGCUUAUUUCCAUGGGUAAAAAUUAUCCUAUCCAUCUGGAAAAUAAAAUCAAUUUAUUUCUUAAGCUACUUGCCUGAAAUGCAACUCCGGAAAGUUCUGAAAAAAUCCGGCGAUUACCUCCUCAGAAAAAACGAACGUUUGUAAAAAAAAGUGAUGUUUAUCCAAACGAAUAAUUUUUCAGGCCACGGCCGGACAUUUCUUCUGUUUUCGGUUGCUGUACGGGGAAAGACCAAAGGUGCCUAUCUUUUUUUUUUCGAAGAAAAUCGAAAAAUCAACGCUUCAAAGGAUUUUGAAGAUUAAAAAAGCGGAGUAUUUUCAUUCAUGAGUUUUUUUGAUAAUAAAUUUCGACAGGGAAAAAAAUUUUUUUACGAUUUAACUUGUUAUAAAAAAACGGAUAUAGCUGAUUCAUGGCUGACUUGAGCCAUCGAAAAAAAUAUGUCCUGACACCAAACUAAAAGAGACGGUGGUAUGAAAAAAACACCAGCGAAAAUUCAAACGGCGACUUUUCCGAUUUUUCCAUUUCGCUAGGGAACUUUCCGACGGCCACCUUUCCGACGAAACUUUUUCCGACUUUUUUCCCUUAUGCUUUUCGGUUUAUAAAACAUCUAUAAACAUUGUUUUUUUUUCUAUUUCUUUGUGUUUUAAACAUGAAUAACUUGCCUACUUUAUAUAGGGAGAUUUAAAAUGAAAAGUUUAUUGAGAAAAAAAGUCGGAAAAAGAUUCGUCGGAAAGGUGGCCGUCGGAAAGUUACCUAGCGAUAUGAAAAAAUCGGAAAAGUCGCCGUUUGAAUUUUCGCCAGUGUUUUUUUCAUACCACCAAAGAGACAGUGCCUUGUUGGUGGAGAGCGCAGACACGCCACGCCCCUCAAGCGUCCCAAGUUAGCCGUGAAUCGGCUAUAACCAUGACUACUUCUCAAAGUGAAGAAGUCAGGGCGAAAAAUUAUUAAUUUUAAAAAAAUCGAAGCUACCACGGGCAUCAAGUCCAAGGCUGACCGAAAUUAUACCGAAUUUUAAUAAAAUUUUUUUAUUGUCGCGCUCCCAAAGAUGGGCGGAAUUCCGGGUUUUUCGAGACUUCUCAAAAAUAUACUAACGAUUUUCAAACCUUUUUACAGUCCAAUCUUCCGUUUCCGUUCGCUAACCGAUGUAAAAAUAUCAUUUUAAGAGAAAAAAAUUACAUAAGUAUAAGCUUUAAAAUCAAAAAAUUAUGUUUCUUUUUGUACUGACCAGAAAGUUCAUUUUACUUUGCGGUUGGGAUUUUGCUUAAAAUUGGACAGAUUACUUCUGGAUGUAAGAAAAAAUAGUCUUAACGUGCACAAAUUCCUAGUUUUUUCAGAAAGAACACCUCAGAGUAAAAGAUAACCUUCAAAAUUCCAUUUUCGGAACUUCAAGCCAUUUCUUGUCGAAAACUAGGAAGUUUUGCAGGUUGAAACUCCCAGAAUAUUCCAUUAGUACAUUGAGAAGUUUUUUGGCCAAGAUACAGGAAAUUAUCAACGGCGAAGUAAAAUGACAUCCCUUUUGAGGAAAUCUUCAUUGCUUCCGCAUACAACAAUUUGAAAAUCCAGCUCUGGUUUUCGCUCUAAUUACAACGAAAAAUAUAUUCCAGGCAAGAAGCCGCGCAUCGAAAUAAAACAUUACCGCGUCUAUCAAAACGAAAUCGGCGUCUACAUGGAAGGAGAAAAAAUUUUCAAGACUCUGGCGGACUUUCUCAUCUAUUACAUAUUACAUCCGCACAAGGUAUCAAAUUCAUGAUAGAAAAAAGAAGAAUGCAACGACAGAGAAAAAUUUUUUACUUGGUUAUAAAUGAGUCCAGCUUUAAAAAAAUCUUUUCUAUGUUUUUAAUUAAACAUUUGGUUGAAGAGAAUGAAGGCGGCUAGCCGACCGGCUUUCGAAACGGUGGUAUGAAAAAAAACACAAGCGAAAAUUCAAACGGCGACUUUUCCGAUUUUUUCGCUAGGGAACUUUCCGACGGCCAUCUUUCCGACGAAUCUUUUUCCGACUUUUUUCUCGAUAAAACCUUCGUUUUAAAUCUUCCUAUAUAAAUUAAGUAGUUGGUUCAUGAUUAGGACACAAAGAAAUAGGAAAAAAAAUUUUUAUAGAUGUUUUAUAAACCGAAAAACAUAAGGGAAAAAAGUCGGAAAAAGAUUCGUCGGAAAGUUCCUUAGCGAUAUGAAAAAAUCGGAAAAGUCGCCGUUCGAAUUUUCGCUGGUGUUUUUUCAUACCACCUUCGAAACCAUUAUAUCUUAAAAAAUCCGAAGUUUCAGGAAAUGUUGAAUAUCAACCUGUUGCGAGGCAUACCAACGAAUGAUUUCGUACUGAGGCCUCUUCAGAUUACGCUGUUGGAUAAAGUGAGUUUCGACGGGCUAUUUGACAAUCGGGAUGAGCCGAAAUUCAACCAAAUAAGGAAAGGCAAUCAUAGAAGGAUCAAAAAAAAAAAAUCUUAUCCUAUGAAAAUCAGCUGAAACUUAAGGUAAUGCUACCUGAAUAGCGUUUUUUACUGGUGAUUUUCCUCCUUCUAACUGGUCAAGGUCAUGAUUUGUAAAGCAUAAACUCACAUGAGAAGUUGCAAAACAAGCUGACAAACGAAAAAACUUUUUUAGCUCGAGAAAGGCAGCUUCUCCGAGACGUUACACGCGGACGUCGUGUACCUCGAGAAACCGGAUAUCCGCGCUGUUGUGAAAAUGGUGAGUUAAUUCGAAUGCGUGAUGCUCAAACAGAUUGAUUACUUUCAGCUGAAAUUCGAGGAUCCAUAUUUCGAAGGUACAAAGAAAAGGUUUUUCGAGAAAGCCCGAGUUUUGAUGAAACUCCGCCACAAAAACAUUGUGAGAUUGAUCGGGUGGCAAAUCUUCGAAGAUCCUCUCAUGUUGGUUUUUGAGGCUAUGGACGGUGAGUGCUGCUCAGGGAACAAGAGAUGCAAAAAACAAGAAAUUUGCUAGAAAAGUUUGAGAGCUAUUGCGACAAAGAAACUCUCCCUUGAAAAAAAGUGAAUUCGAAUAAUGAAAUUAUUUUUUUACUACAUAUUUAACUCAAAAAAUUAAAUAAAUAAAAUUUGAAGUAGUUGAAAAAAAGAAGUUUUUUGAUGCUUUUGAAGACGAAAUUAUUCAACUCGUAAAACUGCAACAGGAACUCCCACAGUAGUCCCUAUAGGGGCAACUUUAGGGACCCUUGGAGGAUCCCUUAAGGGUCCACUUUAUCAACCGUUAUAGGACUCCUUAGGAUUAAAAAAAAGCGGUCGCUAUAGAGUUUUCAGUUAGUGACUCCUAUAGGGGACAUGCUAGUCGAUAAUUUUCAUGACCUCUAUGUGAAGAAGCACUUCCAUGCGAAAAACUGAAUAAAUAAGCGUUUUUUGAAUAAAUUGAAAGACCCCUAAAGGGGCCCCUUAAGCUUUGAGGGCUACUGGAUCAGACCCUAAAGGGAUCACCUUGCUUUCGCCGUUAUAGGGGAUGUUUAUCCCUACACAUUAUUUAUCCAAUGAAAAAUGUUCCUAUUAAUCACGAAUGGAGAUGAAAAACUGAUUAGACAGCAAAAAUAAUAUUCAAUCCUCAAAGGUCGUUGAUUCCUUUUUCCUUACAGGCGGGUUUCUUGAUAACUGGCUCAUCGCGAAUUUCGAGCGGACGUGCAUCCUGCAGUUGAUGAGGUUCGCAUUUGAUGCGGCGAAUGGAAUCGGAUACCUACAUAAAAUGAAACUCAUCCACAGGGACAUCGGCGCGCGAAACUGCUCUCUCACCGCCGAUUUCAAGGUCUGGAUUGAGAUGAAAAAGAAGACCGGACAGUCAAUUCUUGACCUUCAGCUCAAGAUCUCCAAUCUAGAUAGAUGCGUUAACGGGGAUUCAUAUCGUAUGAAUGAGCCCGAGUUACUGCCAACAAGGUACCUCGCCCCGGAAAACUUGUCCAGAUUCAUAUUUACCCCAGCAACCGACUGUUAUACGUUCGGAGUAAGUUCUAACUCUCUUUUUUUUCGUUCUUUCUUUAUAUUCUUUUUUAGAACCUUUUAUACGAAAUUUUCACUGGUGGUGAAAUUCCGUACGAAGAGCUUGAACCGUCGCAAGUCAAAGCAAACGUUUGUCAAUUCUUUUUUUCGUUUAUUGCGAUUUCAGAAGAAAAAUAAAGAAACUUCAAAAUAAUCGGAGAAUUUUUCUUUCUCAAAAUCUAAACAAAAAUUGCAAUAAGCUUCCUAAAAUGAAAUCAAAAGAAGGCUCUAAAAUGGACCAAACAAUUUUGAAAACACAGAUUCUGGAACGGGUGACGAACGAUGUCGCAAAGACCAAAAUGCCCCUCCCACUCCAAAACUACGUUAAGUACUUGUUGUGGUCUUACAACCCAGCGGCUCGUCCGGGAAUGGACAAGGUUAAAUUUAAGACUAGGAUAAGAGAAAAAAGAAAGAAUGAUUUUAGAUCGCAGAGUUUCUUACAAAAAUUAUCGACCAUUUGAAGAGUGUAAGUUAUUGAUUUUUUGAAAGUUCUGAUAAUUUCUUUGACAGGCCGGAAGCACCGGGAAAUGGAAGCAGACUCCAAUCGUACGUUUAAUCCUUUUUUUUCCAUACGGCUGAGCUUAUUCAAACAAAUGCAUGCAAAUUGACCUUUCAAAUCUAGAAAAAAAUCCUUUGCUGUGUCCUUUAAAAAAGCUUUUGUCGUUUAUUUAUUGCAAAAAACUCGCAAAGAAAUUUUUUUAUAGUUAUUCUUUACUGCUGCAUCUGCGCCUGAGGGACGCCGUGGAGCAAGAUACCCAGUAAGUUUCCGGAAACUAAAUAACAACCACAAAAGGAAACUUGUUUUAAGAAGUGA